AUGUCAAAUCGUGAACUUACACAAGAUCGACAUGAAUUAGAACGUUUACGACAAACAAUAAGAGAAAUAUCUCCUGAACUACAUCCUGAUGAUAUAGAUCAAUUAAUGCAAAAAUUAAAUGUACUUGAAAUUCAAUGGACUGAUGCUGAACGUAUUAUAAGAACAUUAAUUGAUAAUUUAACAAAAAAACGUUCAGAAUAUCAUCAUUUUGAAAAUAAAUGUAAACGUCUUAUUCAAUCGUUUGAACAUUUUCUUAAUAUUGAAAUCAAUCAUCGUAUUGAUGGUUUAACACUUCAAGCAACUCUUGAUAUAUUAAAAACUGAAAUACGAUAUGUAAUUUGUGAUAAACGACGAUCUGUUAAUGAUUUAAUUAUAGGAGCACGUGUUUUACAAAGACAUAUAACUGAUCAAUUAAAAUUACAAACAUAA